CGCGGUAGAGAUCCUGCGUGGGCAGAGACUAGUCAGUUUAAUAAGUUUGAUGAUUUGUUUAAAAUACAGAACAAAAGUAAACAAAGUUGGACGGCAGGGCAUCAUGGCGGCUUUAUGAACGGUAAGAGGCGGGAACACGGGGGCCACGGUAAGAGGGAGGAGGACCGGAAGCUGUUUGAAAGCCGUGAGCGGGAGUUUGUCAGCAGGGGGAGAAACCGGCACCCGGAGCGAAGACAUGGACCCCCUGCAGGAGCUCCUGGACCGGGUCAAGCCCAGCACCGAGGCGGAGUCCCUGUGGUUAAAGAACAUCUUCACCUUCAUCUCUGAACACCUGAGUCCUGUGGUGUGUAGCUCCGCCCCCUCGCAGACAGGUAACCACGGUGACCUCAGCCUCUUCGAUCUGAGCAUGUGUGCGGUGCAGGCGAUCCAGCAGCAGAUGUGUAUGGCCCACAGCUUACCUGUCAGCUACAGGCUGCUGUCCGUCUCCGAGCUCGUCUCCCAGCAGCACCUGGCCUGCGUCAGCAACCUGUCCUGGAGCACCAAUCAGCAGAGAGCCUGGGCCAGGGAGGCGGAGCUCGCCGUGCCGGGUCAGAGGGCGCUGCCGAGGGUCAACCUGCUGCUGAUUGGCUGUCUGAGAGAAGGCCGUGACGGAGAGUACAGGCUGACGGACGCCAGCGGCAGCGUCAUGUGUGAGUGCCUGUCUCUCUCGCCCCUGUGGCUCGAUCGCCCCGUUUUCCUCCCUCACUGGAACUACAUUCCCCACAGUGCAUCGGGCCAGGAAGAGGCCGCAGGCUUCUUGGAGCUGAUUGGCUCCCCUGUCCUGUUGUGUCCUGGUGCUGAGCAGGGAUUAGCUGCUGCUCCUGGAAGGGUGGAGCUAAGCGGAGUGGUGGGAGUCGGAGAGGCUGGCAGGCUGCUGAGGCACAGGGUCAAAGGUCAGCGGCUGAGCGUGUUCGGAAAGGUGGGCUCAGUCUGCCCUCUGCUGGCCGUGGCAGGAACGACCUUCUUUUGCUUCACGCUGACGGAUGAGUCGCGCUCGCUGCCCGUGCUCGUACAGGACAGCAGCCGGCUCAGCUGGAUUCAGCGUGUGUGUGUCGGGCAGAGCGUGUGUGUGACAGCUCUACGUGUGUGUACGCUACGAGGCUGGAGAGGAAACAACAUCCUGUGUGUGACGAAGCGCUCCGAGCUGCACGCCGACUACACGCACACACAGGAACACACACAGGAACACACACACUCUGAGUCCCUGCUGCUGAUGUCACAGCCUGCUGAGGACGAGUGUGAGGAGGCGGAGCAUGAGGAGGUGGAGCUGGACCAAUCAGCUGUGAGGAGAAAGCAAUCCAAAGUCAUCAGCUACCAGGGCAUGGUGACUGAAGUUGUGAGUGAGGGGGCGGGGCUCUACGUGCUGGAUGGGAAGGUGGGUCUGUGCGUGGCCUAUCAGCCGGCGGCGAAUAGGAAGCUGAGGGCGGGAGACAGAGUGGAGUUGCAUCACGCCCACUUCCUGUACCGGCCCUGCCCGGACUUCCCUCCCAGCAUGCUUUGCACCUGCCUGCGCUCCAGCCUGAGGGUGACGGCCUUCAGCAGGGCGGGAGGGUCGCCACCCGACAACCGCUGCCCGGGAGAUAGGGCGUUACCACGGUUACUGCUGCAGAGAAACAUAGAUGUGUCCGAUUACCUGUGGACGUGUCACCUAAGCUCGCAGCUGGCACACAGUCUGGUCCAAGGUGUGUGGAGGCAGCAGUGUGUGUGCUUGCUGUCCUGGAGGCUGAUGGAGACUCUGAGCAGAGCUGGAGGACGAGGACGCAGAGACAUCUACUCUGAGAUGCUGGACGAGCCUCACACCUGUCCUGUGACUCAGUACAGCGUGUCCUCAGCGGUCCGUCGGUACCUCGGUGUGUCGGAGCUCCUGGAGUCCCUGCAGACUGACUGCUGGUCUUCAGCCCCUCUGAGUUCUCUGCUGCCCCCUGAUGGCUCCAACCUGACCUCCUCCCAGAUCAACGGGUUCCUGUCCUGGUCUUGCAGGACUCUGUCCUCCAAGCCUCAGGGUGGAGACGCUGUCAGGCAGCGCCCCCUGCUGCUGGUCGGCGUGCUGGAGCUGCCGUCACAGACGUCUGAGUUCAAACACUCGAUGCAGCUGAGAGACGCCACGGGAGCUGCAGCCUGCGUGCUGACGGAGGGCAGCGAGGAGGAGGAGGGAGCGCAGAGGGCGGUCUUUAACAGCGCCUGGAUCGGUUGUCUGGUGGGUGUGGUGCAGUUCACCAUGGUGACAGAGAGAUUCCUCCAAUCAGAUUUCCCUUCCUACCAACACCUGGACCAGGACAGGUUCAUCACACACAAACACUGCAGGGUUUACCUGCAGUUCUCUCUGGACCACCUGCACAUCCUGAGUCCAUCUGUUGCCAUGGAGACACACAUGAGACACAAGGGGGAGGAGCCAGGAGGGGAUGUCACUGCCAGGAAGCAGACAGUAGAAGAAGAAGAAGAGACUGCUGGGAGUAAGAGGAAGAGAAGAGAAGAAGAAGAAGCAGACUCCGGCAACCCCUGGCACUGUGUCUCCAUGGUGAUCAGGGUGGAGCAGAAGGAGGGUGUGUCCUGGAGGAAUACAGGGGCGGAGGCAGAGGAUCAGGAGGCAGGGCUGAGACUGUGCUUCUCAGCGAAAGCUGCUGUGAUUGGUCCAGUGGUCAGCUGGAGGCGGGACCCAAAGAAUGAACCAAUGACAGAGAAAGAAAGUGAACAAAAGCAGGAGAAAAAGGUGGUGCUGGUGUUCUCAGGUGUGUGUUCGCGGUGGUUUCCUGUCCUCCAGCCUGGAUGUUUCUACAGACUCAUCGCCGCUAACACUCAGGAUCCCAGUGUUUUGAUUGGCUGUGGAGUUUCUGGGCGCAGUGGGGUGGAUCUCCACGCUGAGUCAACCCUACAAAUCAGACGUGGUUGGAGAUUCCACACUCUGACACGCCCACUGCUGCUGCCAACCUGCAAACAGGCCGUCCCACCCACAGUCUUGUCUGUCUCAGAGGUCUUAGACUGCAGCUCAGAGCUGGUGUGUUUUCAGGGUGUGGUGUCUGAAAGGAUCAGUGUGAACAACAGGACUGCCCACUCUGGACACACACACUCAGGUGUGCGUCUCACUCUUUGUGACCAAGCUGGGAGGAGUCUGCAGGUGUACCUGGACUUAAGCCACACCCCCUACCCACCUGGCCUGUUGCCGGGUAACACUCUGCUGUUGUCUGGUUUCCAGAGGAGGCUGUCCAGGACAGGAAGUGUGUACUGCACGUACUUACCUGUCAGCUCGAUAACUGUGGUCUCCCUGGGAGACACCAGUUCGGCCCAGCCUCCUCCUCCUGCUCCCAUCAUGCACCUGGGUGAGUGGGCUCUGAGCAGCAAGCAGAGGUGCACUGUGGGACAGGUCAAAGGUCACGUGGUGUGUUUCCUGUUCCUGCAACUGCAGUGGAGCUGCUCGCUGUGUGGCAGCGUGUACACACAGGGCUGCAGCAGCUCUCAGUGUCACUCGACCUUGUCAGUGUUUCAGUCCACAGCAAAGCUGGUGAUUGAUGACGGGACAGGUGAGGCUCACGUCUGGUUCUCAGCUGCUCUGGUUCGUGCUCUGCUGGGAUUGGCUGACGCUCAGUGGGAGGGGCUUCAGAGAGCACUCAGGGUCAGAGGUCACAUCAGAGUCUUCCCUCGUGGGCAGAGCCAGGUGUGUGAUGGGGACGCUGACGACUUCCUCCUCCACUUCCUGUUGUGUCUGUGCAGCAGUGAUGUCAUGAUUCGGCCGCUCAGCCUCACCUGCAGGAAACGCACCAACCAGAGACCAGAAGAGGUGAGGAGGUUCACUCGAGGAGACAGAGAGUUCCUGACCAGACUGGCUCCUCCCCUUCAGCUCACCUGUCUGCACCUCCACCCUGACUGAGCUCCACCUGCUUCGUUCUGAUUUUACCUGUUCUACGUGUUCGUACAAAUAAAACUUUAUCGUUCCUCCUCCUGUCACACGGUAUCUCACCUUCACUGACCUUAACACUGGUGAUCAGGGUCAGAGGUCACACGAAGCUCUCUGGGUUUAACCUCACACGAAAGGGGCGGAGCUGUCAUCAUCACAAAGGGGCGUGUAACAGGUCAUGUGACCCUUUUACAGGAAGUGAUCCCUGUGAGUGGCGCCCACAUCAGAGACGUUCUCAGAUGGUGAUUCAUAAAACCUGCACCAGUAAAAUCUGACUGUAGAAGGAUGAUGAGUGAAACUGGUUAAUCUGGUGUUUGUGGCACAGAGGGGGACAAUAAAGGUUUGACCUCCACUGUGUCACACGUGUACCUGAACAGGUGUGCUGUGUGACACGUGUGGCUCUGGGUCAGGUGUAACUCCCACAGCCUGUAGUUCAGAUUCUCUGUGUUUGUGAAGUAAAACUAAACACUGUGAACGUGUUUCAGUUUCUUUACAGACGUCAGACGGUGAAAGCUUCAGCCUGACCAGGAAAGAAUCAGUCUGCUUUAAAUCACACUUACUUUAAAAUUCAUUUCUCCUCACCUUCAUGUGUUUUGUAUUAUUGGAUCUUAUACUGAAAGAGUUCAUCCAUCGACACAUUUUAAUCCUGCAACAUUUCACCGUGUUAGUUUGUCAUAAAUUGAACUAUUUUAGGUUAAAUGAUUUCAGUUCAUCUUUCCAAUAAAGCUGGCAGCUCUGAAACAACUGUUCUCUCUGAGGGUGUUUUCCAUGUAAAUAAAAGUGAAAUAAUUAAAUGUAAGUUGUGUGAACAGAGCCGUCCAGUGGAGCUCCUCAGGGCUCUGUGCUUUCAACACUUUGUUUUCUAUGCUAAUGAGUGUCAGAGCACGUCAGCAUUAGUCCUUUAACAUGGUCACAGCCACUGAUGAAUGUGUUCAAAUGUGGGUUUUUUAAUCCAGGUUUACAUCACACUUAAACAGUCUAUGAAACGGGCCUCUGCACUCAUUCAUCCUUCAUCCUGGAGAUCACUCAUCUAAACCAACUAACAUACAGAAUGUGAUGUUUUCAAAGCUAACAUGUACAAACAAUUGUUAUUGACGUCGGGCAUGGGAGUUCUUAACAGCAGCUCAUUGUUCAUUCUGAUGUUUGUUUAAAUUAUAUAUUUAAUAUAAUACAUUGGCCUUUUUCAGCUUUAUUUGAAGGGCCACGGGUCAGACUCUUAAGGCCUCUUGGGCCUGCUGCUCUCAGCCUCACUCCGAGGAAGCCUACAGUCUCUCACAGUGGAAACUACACCUACAUCUCCCAGAGAGGUGGGCGAAAAGACAGCCAGCAAGAAGUACAACUGAAGGUCAAAGGUCAGUGCUGUAGAAACGAGGGGUUUGUUCCAAUGGGGUAUUUUCCUUAGGAAGGUUCCUCAUUGAGAGAAGUGACCUGGGAGUUUCUGCAUAGUGGCCAUAACAAGAGCUCACGUUAUAUGAUGUCCUUGAGCUUUCCAAUCAUUUCCAGAUCCACCAACUUCACUUGGUUCUUUUCAGGAACUGCGUCUCCAGGUGUCCCAGUAUAAACCUGCAUGUUCCAGGAAUAACUUGUCCUUGUUGGCCGUAUAUUUGUGCCAUAUUUGGUCUGCAUGGUGGGCAGUUUGAAAGGGCAGUGUCCACUGUGAUGUUUGGUCAGAGAUCAGUGGCUGGACUUGGAUCACUGUUAAUUUCUCCGGUUGAGGACGUUCUUGUAUCAAAGUGAAUCAUCUGUAACAACAUGUGAGUGUCAAGUUUGGAUCUGUACACACCACUCAAAUGACUCAAAUGUGCUUUGUGAACUAUAUAGCUCAGUUUGCAUUAACCCUCUGAUGCAUAGUGGUCACUGGAGUAGACAGCUACUAAAACGUACAUAUCUCUUUAAUGAAUUGGUUUCUAUAGUGGAACUGCAUAUUAGCCUUUAGAGUGCUCUCUGCUGCCAUACUCUAUUGAGGUCAAUUCAGUGUUCAGUUAGUGCAACUGCAAGUAAAUUUCCUCUGAAUCAAAGAUGGCAGACAAACUGUCACCCCUGCCGACCACUGCUGGCAUAUCCUGUCAAUCCUUCUAAACUAAAAGAGCCCAACAGGUAAAAUAAAUAUGAUGAUAUGCAGUAACAUCUAGGGAAGGAUAUUAUCUGUUUGGAACAAGAAAUUGUUAUGUCUAAUAUGUAGAAAACUACGAUUAACCAUGUGUCCACUGAAGUGGACAUCAUGCAUUACCCACUAUAUUUUUUUAACAUAAGUCAUAAAUUGUUUCACUG